AUGGCUCCCUCUUUUGAAAACUACGAAGAAGCCACCUCCGGUAUUCCCGUGAAGGUGCUUGGUACUCAGAUUGAUGGCACAAAUGGCGUGGCGACGUUACAGCUAGAGGAAGCCGACAAGCAUGAUCAAGUCCUCCGCGUGUUUCGUUGCUUGAUCGCCGACUUGUGCGAGCAGUUUGGUGGUGGUCAUCCUGGUGUCAACNNAGGUGCUAUGGGCAUGGCAGCCAUUGGUGUAUCACUAUGGAAGUAUGUCAUGAAGUACUCACCAGCCAAUCCCAACUACUUCAACAGAGACCGCUUCGUUCUCUCAAACGGCCACACAUGUCUGUUCCAAUACACUUUCAUGCACCUGGUCGGUUACAAGAAUAUGACCAUUGAACAACUCAAAUCAUAUCACUCUGACCGAGCAGAUUCCAUCUGUCCUGGCCACCCUGAGAUUGAGCACGAAGGUAUCGAAGUCACGACCGGUCCGCUAGGUCAGGGUGUUGCCAACGCUGUUGGUAUGGCCAUGGCAACUAAGCACCUUGCUGCCACUUACAACAAGCCAAACUAUGAAGUCGUCAACAACAUGACCUACUGCAUGAUUGGUGAUGCCUGUCUGCAGGAAGGUGUUGCCCUCGAGGCCUUCUCGCUCGCCGGCCACUGGAAGUUGAACAACCUUGUUCUCGUCUACGACAACAAUCAAAUCACUUGUGAUGGUUCUGUCGAUAUCACCUGCAACGACGAUGUCAACGAAAAGAUGAAGGCCUGUGGAUGGAACGUUAUCGAUGUGACUGAUGGCACGCAAAACAUCUCGGGCAUUGUACAGGCUCUCGUCGCAGCGCGUGCAAGUGACAAGCCUACCUUCGUCAACAUCCGCACAAUCAUCGGUAUCGGCAGUGCAUCAGCUGGCGAUGCAAAGGCUCACGGUGCUGCUUUCGGUGUCGAGGAUGUUGCAAACAUCAAACGCGUUUUCGGCAUGAACCCUGAAGAGCAUUUUAUCGUUCCUGAUUCAGUCUACGACUUCUUCCGUGAAGCAAAGUCGCGAGGUCAAGAAUACGAGAAGGAGUGGAGUACCCUUGUUGAAAGCUAUAGCAAGGAGUAUCCCCAGUUGGCUGAGGAGUUCAAGUUGCGCGUUGCGGGCAAGAUGCCAAAAGAUUGGACCAAAUUCAUCCCUGCAAAGGGCAGCUUCCCUACGUCGCCUACACCCUCAAGAAAAUCUUCUGGCAUGGUUUGCAACCCUCUCGCCCAGAACUUGCCAAACUUCAUGGUCGGCACUGCUGACUUGACGCCAUCUGUGAACAUGACAUGGAAGGACAAGGUCGAUUUUCAACAACCUGACCUCAAGACCGCUUGUGGCAUCAAUGGUAACUAUGCCGGUCGAUACAUUCACUGGGGCAUCAGAGAGCAUGCUAUGGCUGCAAUCUCCAAUGGUCUAGCUGCUUACAACAAGGGCACAAUUUUCCCUGUAACCUCAUCCUUCUUCAUGUUCUACAUUUACGCUGCACCUGGUAUUCGCAUGGGUGCUCUCCAAGGUCUACAACAGAUCCAUAUUGCCACUCACGACUCAAUCGGAACUGGUGAAGAUGGUCCCACACAUCAGCCUAUCGCACUUGCCGCACUAUACCGCAGCAUGCCCAACCUCCUCUACAUUCGCCCCUGUGACUCUGAAGAGACAGCCGGUGCCUUCAUCGCCGCCAUCAAGGCCGACACAACGCCCUCUAUCAUUUCCUUAUCCCGUCAAGCACUUACUCAGUAUCCUGAAAACAGCGACCGCGACGGCGUUCGAAAGGGCGCCUACGUCUUCAUGGAGCAAGAAAACGCCGACGUCACACUCAUCGGUGUUGGCUCAGAAAUGUUCUGCGCUGUUGAGACUAAGAAGCUGCUUGAGGAGCAACACAAUAUCAAGGCGCGCGUGGUUUCUUUCCCUUGCCAGCGUUUGUUCGAGCAACAGAGCAAGGAGUACAAGCAGUCCGUCCUGCAAUACCGCAGCAAUGCUCCUCGUGUGGUGAUUGAGGCUUACGCCGUCAAUGGCUGGGAGCGCUAUGCCGAUGCUGGAUACUCGAUGGCCUCAUUCGGCAAGUCUCUUCCUGGCAAGAUGGCUUAUAAGCAUUUCGGCUUUGAUGCCCAGGCGAUCGCACCCAAAGUCAAUGCGCUGGUUGAGGAAGUCAAGAAGGAAGGUAUUGAUUCUCUUAGAGGAGACUUUAGAGAUUUGAACGGGACUAUGGGAUAUGGAAUGCACCACUAG